UUGAAUCGCGAGCGGGAAAAGCGCCCAGCAGUGAAUCAGUGCGGUUCAGAUCUUCGCGCGGAGCUCCGAGAUUUCUCCGUUUUUCAGCGAUUGAAGACUUUAAUCAGAUUUAAUCAGCUCUGAAUCCGGUCUGUGGAUCGCUUAUAACAUUUACAGUGGAACAACAAUGGUGGCGCGGGGGCUGAAGCGUAAGCUCCAUGACAGUGAAGACAGCAGAGGCUCCUUCUGGGAGACCCAGCUGCAGUCUGUCCUGGACAUCUCCCUGGAUAAGUACCAGCGUGACCAGGCCCUGGUGGAGCCCAGCUUACUCCGCUCCGUUCUCAUCAAUAACACUCUCCGGCAGGUCCAGUCAGAGGUCAGAACCUCUUUAACUGAACCCACUAGUGCUUGGAAACCACAGCCUCCUCCGAGGCCACAGCCUGAGUUCCUGUCCCAGCGAGAGAUUGCUCCUUCUGGGCACAGUGCCUCCGCCUACUCCUUGGGGCUGCAAGAGAAUGAGGACGACUUCAUGGCCUGGUCCGCGGAGGAGGACUUUUCCCUGUCUUCAGCCAUUUCUGCUAUUCUGAAAAAUCUAGACGCAGCUCUUGAUGGUGGUUACAAUCCUCCUCCUUCUACUCUUCUUCCUCCUCCUCCUCAGCGCACUCCAUUAGCGUCUGUUGAAAAUCUUCCAGGAGAUGGAAAGUUCAAGCAGAACCUUGGCUUCACCCACAUGAUGGAAAGCUGCAGAACGUCCAGCGUAGGAACAUCUGCCGUUGUGUCUGGCAUCUUCCAGGAAAGCACCAUAGAUGACCUGCUGAUGGACCUCGACACGUCAGUGUUUGGGAGAGAAAUGAGCAGUUUUGCUCCACAUACUUUCUCCUUUCCUGCGGAUGAACUUAUGAGAUAUCUGCCGUCUCUGUCCACUUCAUCACCUGCACCAUCCUCUUCCUCAGGUUCGAGGGAAAUACACGAGUUGGAGCAGAUAAUGGACAUACUCAUACGAUCCUAACUUAAUAAUAAUAAUAAAGGCAUUGUUGGUCCUGUCAUCUGUAAAACUGCGCAGAAAUGUACGUUAUGGAGCGAUAUGAACAUCUAUACAGUUUGAGAAAAUGUUCUAGAGAUGGUAUAAGGAGGACAGAACGCUGGUGAAUAUGUUAGAGAGUAUUUAAUAGCCCUUUUAAAGAAUUUAGCAGUAUUGAAUAUUAUUGUCUGCUACUCACAGUGUUUACAGUUCGUUCACUACCUCACAUGACCGAUUUACAGAUCUACAGCUGUGGCUCAAUGAGUGUUUUGACACAAAUGCACUGCAAAAAAACUUAUUUCAUCCUAGAGCUAGUCAGUAUGCCUACUAUUUUUCACUGUUUGUUAAAACUAUUGUUAAUAGCUAUACUAAUAUUUUAGACCUGUUUUGCUUGUUUCAAGGAAUUCUGUCUAGAGAUAAUUAUCGCCUUAAACCUUCCUGAGACAAGCCUUAUUAUUAAUUAAGUCAAUUGUCAAAUAUAUCACUAAACAAGUAAAGCACAAAUGUACAAAUGUUGAUUUUAAGAGAUUCUUCAUAUUGGUGUCAUAAUAAAAAUAUUAGAGAUAUUGACUAGUAGGUUUUUUCACGUUUUUUGCAGUUUGCAUGUUCAUAUUUCUAUGACUGAAGAUAAUAUUCAAUGCAAAUUUCUCUGUUCAGAUCUGGACUGUUCUAAAUGUUCAGAAAAAAAAUCAGUGUUUUUAUAUAUAUAUAUAUAUAUAUGUUACUGUUUUGAUCCCGUUAUACUGUAUAUCUAUUGUUUAAUUUACUAUAGAUGACUUUGUAUUUUAUGUUUUGUUAGACUGCAUAAGGUGUCCACUGUGAUGUCUUGAAAUGUUCCCUAAAUGUUGAGGAAAUGCACUUUGGUUUAAUUUCAGGCCUGUAAAUCGAUGUUAAAGGGCCUGUCAGUGAUUGGUUGUUCCACCCUAAGGUGGCCUGGUGGACUGUGUUCCUGUCUGUCAGUUUUUCUGUUGUAGUUGUUAUGCAACCUAAAUGCAAUUAAGAGUGCUGAACUGUAAAACCAGACCUUUUUAGAGACCUACUUUGUCUUAAAUCAGACAGAUCAUACUUGAUAAUUGUGUAAUAAACACAUUUGUGUGAUUGUGAAUAUUGAGAAAUGUGAGAAAAGUGUGUGUACUGGUUGUCAGCUCUACACUGUAUAAUAAUGGUCUGUCUAAGACAGAUGAAACAUUAUGGGUUAGUUCUACUGUUCCUGAAGGGAAAUGUUGACACCUAUGCAAAAUAUUAUAAUAUUACUGUUACUAUUGAACUUUUUCUAAUAAACACUACCUGAAUAAA